AUGGAGAUGCAGUCCUACUGCACCAAGCUCUUGGGGGAGUUGAACGAGCAGCGGCAGAGGGACUUUUUCUGUGAUUGCAGCAUCAUUGUGGAAGGGCGGAUCUUCAAGGCCCACAGGAACAUCUUGUUUGCCAACAGCGGCUAUUUCCGAGCCCUGCUCAUUCACUACAUCCAGGACAGCGGGCGGCACAGCACCGCCUCCUUGGACAUCGUCACCUCCGACGCCUUCUCCACCAUCUUAGACUUCCUCUAUUCCGGGAAGUUGGAUUUGUGUGGGGAGAACGUGAUUGAAGUUAUGUCGGCUGCCAGCUACCUGCAGAUGAACGACGUGGUGAACUUCUGCAAGACAUACAUCAGGUCAUCCCUAGACAUCUGCGGAAAGAUGGAGAAGGAGGCCGCUGUGGCUGCAGCGGUGGCAGCAGUGGCUCACCGGGUGGAGAGUGGAAGCCCCGGUUCAGGCAGGGAAGGGACCUCCUGUGAGACCAAGAGCUUGGUCUCUCCAGCCGAGGGGGAAGAGAGUGUGGAUUGGCCAAGAGAGUCCCCCCGUGGUGACUGCAGAGGCUGCCACCCUCUGGCACUGGUGGGGAAAGACAGCCAGGGCAGUGGCUCGGUGGACUGUGACCGCUCCAUUCGACCCAAACAGAUGGAGCCCAAGGUGGAGUUCGAUGCCGAGGAAGUGGAGGUGGAGGUGGCUGGACAGCUGCAGCAGCGUACUGCCCCGCUGAGCCUGGCCCGCAGGGAGGAGGGUUUGCCCAGAGGCCAGGCGGUCGACUUGGCUUACAGUAACUACCAUGUGAAGCAAUUCCUGGAGGCGCUUCUGUGCCACAGUGCCAUCCAGAGCAAAGAGGACGCUGACCAGCACUUUUCUCGGAGUUUGGAGGGAAGACCAGGUGGUGCAGAAGUAGCAGCCAUGAGUUCCAUGAUGGAUGUGCAGACUGACUGGUAUGGAGACGACUCAGGUGGUGUGCUGGUGGUGCCCAUCAAGCUGCACAAGUGUCCUUUCUGCCCCUACACUGCCAAACAGAAAGGCAUCCUUAAGCGGCACAUCCGCUCACACACGGGGGAGCGGCCCUACCCCUGUGAGACCUGCGGCAAGAGGUUCACCCGCCAGGAGCAUCUGCGGGGCCACGCGCUCAGCGUCCAUAGGUCCAACCGUCCAAUUAUCUGCAAGGGCUGCAGAAGAACCUUCACAAGUCACCUGUCGCAGGGGCUGCGGCGCUUCGGGCUGUGUGACAGCUGCACCUGCGUUACAGACACACAUGAUGAUGACGAACUGAUGCCCAUCAACCUUAGCCUGGUGGAGGCUUCGUCCGAGAGCCAAGAAAAGAGUGACACAGACAAUGACUGGCCAAUCUACGUGGAGUCUGGUGAGGAAAACGACCCCGGCAGAGAGGAUUCGGAUGAUAGACCCCAAAUUCAGCCCAGCUUAUCAGAUGGAGAGAUGCUUACGUAG